AUGUCCAGCAUGUGUAUAUAAAAGCACUGUUGGUCCUCAGUCGGACGUCCUGUUGCUUCACGGUCUGCUCCCAGGCACCUCCGGCUCCAUCAAACAGAACCAGUGAGAAGGAACCAUCCACAGAUAGACAGGAAGAAAUAAAGAAGAAUUAGUCCGCGGAAUUAGAGACCACCAAACCUCAACCAUGAGCCACUCUUCAGGUCGCGUCUCCACCUCUUACCGACGCACGUUCGCGAGUCCCACCGCCAUCUCUGCGUCUUCCUACUCACCUUCCUAUUCGUCCUUCAGCCGCACGCCAGUGUCCAGCGGGCGCUAUAUGCGCUCCAUGUCCCCUGUGGUGCCUCCUCGAGCCUCCAACUACCACCACCAGCAGCAGCGGCUGCGCUCCGGCCCCCAGCCACCUCGUCUCGCCUACGAGAAGGUGGACUUCCAGCUGGCCGACGCGAUCAACGCUGAGUUCCUGGCCACACGGAGCAAUGAGAAAGUGGAAUUGCAAGACCUCAAUGACCGCUUCGCUAGCUUCAUUGAGAAGGUGCGCUACCUGGAGAUGCAAAACAGCAGCCUGCAGCAGGAACUGAGCCAGUUCAAGGGGCAGCAGCAGGAGGGCCAGCCCAGCCGGGCCACCGACCUCUUCCAGGAGGAGCUGCGGGAACUGAGGCGCCAGCUAGACCACAUGGGCAAGGAGAGGGACCAGUUCCACGUGGAGAGGGACAACUUGGCCGAAGACAUUGACCUUCUCAAACAGAGGCUGGACGAGGAGACUCAGAAGAGAGCUGAGGCUGAGAAUAACCUGCUUGUCUUCCGAAAGGAUGUGGAUGAUGCCACUCUGUCCCGCCUGGAGUUGGAAAGGAAGAUCGAGUCUCUGAUGGAUGAGAUUGAGUUCCUCAAGAAGAUGCAUGAUGAGGAGAUCCAGGAAGUGCAGGUGACUGUCCAGACGCAGCAGUUGAAGACUGAGGUGGACCAGACUGCCAGACCUGACCUGACGGCUGCCCUCAAAGACAUCAGAGCUCAGUAUGAGACCAUCGCCUCCAAGAACAUGCUUCAGUCUGAAGAAUGGUACAAGUCCAAGUUUGCUGACCUGACAGACACUGCCAGCCGUAACGCUGACGCUCUGAGGCAGGCCAAGCAGGAGCAGAAUGAGCACAGGAGGCAGAUCCAGUCCCUCAACUGUGAGAUCGAUACACUCAAGAGCACGAACGAGGCUCUGAUGAGGCAGAUGCGUGAUAUGGAAGACCAGUUUGGUGUGGAGGCCAAUAACUACCAGGACAACGUGGGCCGUCUGGAGGAGGAGAUCCACCACCUGAAGGAUGAGAUGGCACGCCACCUGAGGGAGUACCAGGACCUGCUCAAUGUCAAGAUGGCCCUGGAUAUAGAGAUUGCAACUUAUCGCAAGCUGCUGGAGGGAGAAGAGAGCAGGAUUAUUGUUCCCAUGCAUCCCUCCCAGUUUGGGCGUAGUGAAAAGGAUUACCAUCGCACCCCAGACACUCCCAGCAGGAAGUCUAUUGUGAUUAAGACUGUGGAGACCCGUGAUGGAGAGGUGGUGAAGGAGUCAGAGAAAGAGAAGGAACGAAGUGAGAGGGAUGGCAGUCAUAUCAGGAAUGACAUGGACCAUGAUGACCAUGAUGUUUAGAGUAGUUAGGUAAUUGCCUGUUCCAGACUCAGAUGUAAAAAUACAACACAAAAGAUAAAAACUAAAAAGCAAGAAGAAAAAUACACAAAUUGUUCGAAGCAUCAUGGUCCUUGAGUGCCACUUAGUUUUCACUUUUUAACAAGUAUUUUUCUGUUGCAUCUGUGGUAGAUAUCCAUGCAAUGUUAAAACUUGAAAUCUCUUCUAAAUUUUGUCACAAGAUGUGACCACGGUGCUACUUUCAAUAACCAAUCAUUCCUUAUUUAAAACAUUCAACACAGCCAUAUAUAUAUAUAUAAGCAGACAGGCACAAAAGUGCCAUCAUGGAGUGAAACAACACAGACUUCAAAUUUCUCCUUUUUAUCAGUACACCACUUGAGGCCUUGAUUUACCGAAAAAUCGAUUAUACUGAAUAUGCUGUAGCUGAACUUAUCUUUCACUAAGCGGUUAAAUGGAAAGUGGCACAAGUGGGAAAAGCAACAGGUAUUUAGCAAUCCCACUACAAAAUGUGUUUUCCAUGAUGGAUUCUCUCCAUUCAAAGGACAUGAAUAGAUGUACAGUAGCUGUGAGAGAAAAUGGACAACAGUCAGCAUCAUGGAAUUCUCAGUUUCAAAUAACCUGCCAAAGAGGGACUACCAAUGGUGUUGAUGAAAGAUACGUACAGUCAGACGUUAAAAGACUACAUUAGUAGCGCCACACACCUUGCUUGAACUUCAAAAUACAAAACACAUUCUGCUAUUAAAUUAUACGACAGCGUGUUUCUGAGAGUAAAAACGAAAAUGCAAAUAAAGUAAACUGGAACAGA